GCAUUUUGGGGAUGUCAAUUGCGAUCUUCUGUUAUGGAUCACAGUAGCAUACCAACGUGCGCGCAAUAUAGGAAUACUGGCACAGUUAUAGUAAGACUGAAGAUGGAAGUGACCACCUGUUGCUGCAAACCUGAGGAGUGCCCGAAGUCAGGGUGUCCGGACCUGGUGCAUAGACCAUCCGGCUGUGAACAAUGUUCUAGGACUAGAUUAAUUAGUCGAUAUAGUGACUGUGAUAGUGAUGUUGUGGAAAAAUCUCGCCCAUACAGAUCAAGUGCCGCCAGGAGUAGAUACGUCAACGUCUGCGCGGCGGUGUGCCUGCUACUGUUGGUGUGCGGUCUGUCACCGAGGUCGUCGGCGGCGCCACAUCGAAGCCGGGCCAGCAUGGAGCGGCAGAGACGUGACACGGAUGAGGAGAACCCACUGUGGGCUAACCCCUGCGAUUAUAAUGAUUCUCAAUCAAAACUACAUUACCCACCAACAAAAGAGGUCGCGUUGAAGCUCGUCCGUCAAGCAAAAAACACUUUCUCAUCAACUGAGAAGUACAAGGAUACAUUUGCGUAUGUGCUUCAUAGUUAUUCCAAAUUUGAAGAACUUCUCGGCCCGUGGGAAUCAUCCGAGUACCUCCCUAAGGAAUGGCUGCCGAAGGAGAAAGUCCUUUACCACCAGCUGCCUGAUGAAUAUAUUAAUCAGUUGAUGCCAAAACUCGAUGAGUUAUUGCCAGGGAUGUACAAAGGGCUGAAGAUGAUUGUUGGAGGACUGAACAAGUUCUCUGAAGAGCUCUCGAACACCAACAUAUCAACGGACGAGAGCCUGAAGUCAAACAUAACUCAGUCAAUGCACGAUGUGCGAGCAGUUCUAUGCUAUUUUAAUGACAUCAUGCACGUUCGCAACCUGAAGAUCGAAAAACUUCUGGAAUCUGAAAUCCCUGACUUGCAGAGCAACAUGGGCGCUCUCCUAUACAGGGACACCCUGAAUUACUUGGAGUACCUGACACAGGUGUUCCAGAAAGUUUACGACACGGAAUCUGCUUGAAUACAGCAGUUAUGAACAAGAGUCUUACAAUGUGACUCGAAGAGAAACUGCACACCCCAUGUAACUUUUGGCUGCCUACUUAAUCUUGGUGCUCGCGUGGCGAAGCAGUGCUCUUCAGUAUUAGUCAGACCCAUGAAAACUCUUUCUAGUAGAAUUAUUUGCAUCUUUUGGCUGUUGAAUAGCGAAUUAAUGUAUAGAAAAACUGUCUUUGCCAUUACAUUGCCAUUUUGGUCUAGAAAGAAUUAGUUCCUUUUUUGUAAAUAGUGACGAAUUUAAAAUGUAUUAUUUAUUGUCUGCUGAUUAACAUUCUAAAUUUCCCGAUUAUCCUAGUCAAGGUCUUAUUUAUUUCUCGCUUAACUCCACUUUAGUUUCAAUUUCUUUAUUAUUCGUAUUAUUUAAUUUAGAUUUUAGUAUUAGACUUCAUUCCAGCACUUGGACUGUUGAUAAAAUUGUUGAGUCGGAAUAAUGAAUGUGUCAAACGGUGUAUCAGAACAGUUUCUAUUCUGCUGUUGUCGAUAUUUAAUUAUCUAUAUUAUGACAUGGUAGCUCGAGGCUGAGACGAAUAAUUUUAAUUGUAUAUUCCUACUUUCCUUAGUAUUACUUGACUAUUUGUUAACUAUUUAUAUGUUACUGAAAUCCAAUGAAAUAUGACUAGCUUUAAUAGAGCUGUUAAUUAUAUUAUUGUAAAAAUACAGAGCCAGUGUAUUUAUAACUUAAUCAAUAUUUGUAUAGUUCAAAUAGUACCUAUUUAUAACUGCGGCACAAACAUACCUAGUUAUGUUUGUGAAAUUAAAUUAUUAUUACAUUUA